GCAGGACAGGAGAAGCAGGGGGUUGAGGAGUCUCGCGCGGCUGCCGCCGGCUCCCUAGCUUCUGUCGGGGGAGCCGGGCGUGCGGGGGCGGUUGAGGAGGCGGGAAGGCGGCAGUGGUUGAAGGGGCGAUUCCUGACUUGCAGGGAGGAGGUCCGAGGGGUUGAGCAGCCAUGGUGAUGGCAGCGAAGAAGGGCCCAGGGCCGGGUGGCGGGGUCGGCGGGGGAAAGGCGGAGGCGGAGGCGGCCUCGGAGGUGUGGUGUCGCCGGGUGCGGGAGCUGGGAGGCUGCAGCCAGGCCGGGAACCGCCACUGCUUCGAGUGCGCCCAGCGCGGGGUCACCUACGUGGAUAUCACCGUGGGCAGCUUCGUCUGCACCACCUGCUCCGGCCUCCUGAGAGGCCUGAACCCCCCUCAUCGUGUCAAGUCCAUCUCCAUGACAACUUUCACUGAGCCUGAAGUAGUGUUCCUGCAAUCCCGUGGAAACGAGGUUUGCAGGAAGAUUUGGCUGGGUCUUUUCGAUGCUCGCACAUCUUUAAUACCAGAUUCCAGGGAUCCUCAGAAGGUGAAGGAGUUUCUCCAGGAAAAAUAUGAGAAGAAGAGAUGGUAUGUCCCCCCAGACCAAGUGAAAGGGCCCACUUACACCAAAGGUGGCACCUCCACCCCCGUCCAGGGCUCCAUUCCAGAAGGGAAGCCCCCGCGGACACUUCUGGGGGAUCCUGUGCCAUCUCUCUCGGCUGCUGCCUCCACUUCCAGCCAGUCUGUCAGUCAGUCUCAGCCCCGGACGUCCCAGCCCCGGAGCUCUCAGCCACCUCCCCCCUCCUCGGUCAAGAAAGCCAGUACUGACCUGCUGGCCGACAUCGGCGGAGACCCCUUUGCUGCUCCCCAGGUGGCACCAGCUUUUGCUGCAUUCCCAGCCUUUGGGGGCCAGACGCCUUCCCAUGGGGGCUUUGCCAACUUCGAUGCUUUUGGCAGUAGCUCUGGCUCUUCUGCAUUUGGAAGCAUGCCUCCAGCUGGCCAAGCCCCGUUCCAGGCGCAGCCAGCACCCCCAGCCAGUCGGAUGCUAACUGGAAGUCACAGCUUCGGGAGCAGCCAGGGGACUCCAUUUGGUGCCUCUCCUCUGGCACCUGCCAGUCAGCCCAACAGCCUUGCAGAAACGGGCAGCCUCCUGGGACCCGGGGCAUCAGCUGGAGGCAUCCCUAGCAGCAUGUUCGGGAUGGCCAGCCAGGUCCCCACGCUCCAGUCGGCCACCACUGGUGGAGGCGGAAGCACAGGGCUCUCCUUUGGAGCCUUCAACCCUUUCACCACACCUGCUGCUCACGCCCAGCUGCCUUCCACCAACCCUUUCCAGCCCAAUGGCUUGGCCACAGGGCCAGGCUUUGGGAUGAGCGGUGCUGGGCCUGGCUUCCCCCAGACGGUGCCACCCACCGGGGCUUUUUCCAGCCCCUUCCCCCCACCGCUCUUCCCCCCACCGCUCUUCCCCCCACCGACCUCAGUGACUCAGCAGCAGAAUGGCUCUUCCUUCGGAGACCAGGGAUCUGCCAAGCUGGGGCAGAGGCCACUGAGCCAGCCAGCUGGGAUCUCCACCAACCCCUUCAUGACUGGAUCCUCAUCAAGCCCGUUUGCCUGCAACCCUCCAAACACCAACCCAUUCUUGUAGCACUGUGUCCGGGGGGCUGCUCUCUGGGGCCCCUCUACUCCCUGGAGCUCCGAUGACCGCUUGCCUG